AGGGACCCCCACAGGAGGUCGCGGGGUUCCCACGCAGCCGGACCUAGGUGCCAGGGGAGCUUUCCAAACCAGGGGUGAACUGGGCUUGGCUCAGACAGGGAAUGAAGCUGCCCUCAGGCCAAUCUCAAUCUCCAUGGGAUCGCACGUGGACCGGGGAGUCGGACGGCUCACGGAUUGCUUUUCUGGGUAUGCCUCUUAUCUACAUUUUCGUUGCUUCUUUCUCUUUUCGCAGUUCUCCGGAAAAAAGUUCUUUGCUUCCUUUGCUUUUCAUCUUCCAGCGUCUCUUGCUAAGAAGAGGACGGGUUGCAGAAGCCCAGCACACGCAGGGCACCAAGUCGCGCAGGGACUUUGCUCCCUGGCAUCACUACGGCCGGAAGGGACGGGGUGGAACUUGCAGGAGGAGGAGACUAAGCAGACAAAAGGAGCCAUGACUUCUGAUGCUAGCCAUGCACUGGAAGCUGCCUUGGAGCAGAUGGAUGGGAUCAUUGCAGGCACUAAAACAGGUGCAGAUAUUACUGAUGGUACCUAUGAGCCUGGACUGUCUUCCCCGGCCUCCUACAAGAACCCUUUCCCAGUGCUCCAUCUCAUCGAGGACCUGAGGCUGGCCCUGGAGAUGCUGGUGCUUCCUCAGGAGAGAGCUGUCCUCCUGAGCCAGAUCCCUGGCCCAACAGCUGUUUACAUAAAGGAGUGGUUUGAGGAGAGCUUGUCCAAGGGAAAUCACCACGGUGCUGCUAGUAACGAAACCUACCAGGAACGCCUGGCCCGUCUAGAAGGAGAUAAAGAGUCCCUCAUAUUACAGGUGAGUGUCCUCACAGACCAAGUGGAAGCCCAAGGAGAGAAGAUUCGGGACCUAGAAGUGUGUCUGGAAGGACACCAGGUGAAACUUAAUGCUGCUGAAGAAAUGCUCCAACAGGAGCUGCUAAGUCGCACAUCUCUUGAAACUCAGAAGCUUGAUUUGAUGUCUGAAGUGUCUGAGCUGAAGCUCAAGCUGGUUGGCAUGGAGAAGGAACAAAGAGAGCAAGAGGAAAAGCAGAGAAAAGCAGAGGAGUUAAUGCAAGAACUCAAGCACCUCAAAAUCAAAGUGGAAGAGUUAGAAAAUGAACGUAGUCAGUAUGAGUGGAAGCUGAAGGCCACGAAGGCUGAGGUAGCCCAGCUGCAAGAGCAGGUGGCCCUGAAAGAUGCAGAAAUUGAGCGUCUGCACAGCCAGCUCUCCCGUACUACAGCUCUUCACAGUGACCACAUAGAAAGAGACCAAGAAAUUCAACGUUUGAAAAUGGGGAUGGAAAGUCUACUUGUUGCCAAUGAAGAUAAGGACCGUCGGAUAGAGGAGCUUAUGGGGCUGCUGAACCAAUACCGAAGAGUGAAGGAGAUUGCGAUGACAGCUCAAGAUAGGAACAAGGGCCCUUCAGAGACAGCUCUCUCAAUCAAUGAAGAAGAAUUAGAGGGAAGUUUCAGAAAAUGGAACACUGCAAAUAAAGACUCUGAAGAAUUAUUUAAACAAGAGAUGCCUCCAAGGUGCAGUUCUCCCACAGUGGGGCCACCUCCUUUGCCACAGAAAUCACUGGAGACCAGAACUCAAAAGAAACUCUCCUGUAGUCUGGAAGACUUGAGAAGUGAAUCUGUAGAUAAGUGUGUGGAUGGGAACCAGAUCUCCCCUGUGGUAGAACCCAAGGACAGCCAUUUCCAGGUGGAGCAGAAAUAUCCUACAUUACCUGGAAAGCUUUCGGGAGCCACACCCAAUGGAGAAGCUGCUAAAUCUAUUCCCAAGGCCACCCAGCCUGACUCCACAGGGAGCAGCUUGCUAAGGCUGAGAGACACAGAAAGUGGUUGGGAAGAUGCCGCCAUGGGCAGUGACCUUUCUCCCACUUCAUCUGGUGCUGAGUCGAGUCCCCAGUCUCCCCUGACAUCAGAUGGUAAACGGAGUCCCAAAGGCAUCAAGAAAUUCUGGGGAAAAAUCCGAAGAACUCAGUCAGGGAAUUUCAACACUGAUGCACCAGGAAUGGCAGAGUUUCGACGAGGUGGGCUCCGGGCAACUGCAGGGCCAAGACUUUCUAGGACCAGAGACUCCAAGGGACAGAAAUGUGAUAUCAAUGCCCCCUUUGCUCAGUGGAGCACAGAGCGUGUGUGUGCAUGGCUGGAAGACUUCGGCCUGGCUCAGUACGUGAUCUUUGCCAGGCAGUGGGUGACGUCUGGACACACACUACUUACAGCUACCCCUCAAGACAUGGAAAAGGAGCUAGGAAUUAAGCACCCUCUCCACAGGAAGAAGCUGGUUUUAGCAGUGAAAGCCAUCAACACCAAGCAGGAGGAGAAGUCUGCACUGCUAGACCACAUUUGGGUGACACGGUGGCUUGAUGAUAUUGGCUUACCCCAAUAUAAAGACCAGUUUCAUGAAUCCAGAGUUGAUGGACGAAUGCUGCAAUAUUUAACUGUGAAUGAUCUACUCUUCUUAAAAGUCACCAGCCAACUGCAUCAUCUCAGCAUCAAAUGUGCCAUUCAUGUGCUGCAUGUCAACAAGUUCAACCCCCACUGCCUGCAUCGGCGUCCUGCUGAUGAGAGUAACCUUUCUCCUUCAGAAGUUGUGCAAUGGUCAAACCACAGGGUGAUGGAGUGGUUGCGAUCUGUGGACCUGGCAGAGUAUGCCCCCAACCUUCGAGGGAGUGGUGUCCAUGGAGGUCUCAUUAUCUUGGAGCCACGUUUCACUGGGGAGACCCUUGCUAUGCUUCUCAAUAUCCCACCACAGAAGACACUUCUCAGGCGCCACCUGACCACCAAAUUCAAUGCCCUGAUUGGUCCUGAGGCCGAACAGGAAAAGCGAGAUAAAAUGGCCUCGACAGCUUACACACCACUGACCACCACAGCCAAAGUCCGGCCUAGAAAACUUGGAUUUUCACAUUUUGGAAACAUGAGAAAAAAGAAGUUCGAUGAAUCAACAGACUACAUUUGCCCGAUGGAGCCCAGUGAUACUGUCAGUGACAGUCACAGGGUCUACAGUGGCUAUGGGGGCCUCAGUCUCCUCGACACCCCCGAACUGGAUAGGCUGGACCAGAUGGCACCUUCGGAAGGCACUGUGACGCAGAUAGGGCUCCUCUCCCAAGACAUUCACCGCCUUACGACUCUGCUGAGCCAGGACCAGCUGCUGAACGACUCUCGCCUGGCUGCCCCCAACUCUGAUGACUGGAGAUGACAUUCUUCAUGGCUGAGAGCCCAGAGAGGCACGUGUGGGGCCCUAAGUCUUUGCCUCCAUGGGGAGCUGGCUCGUAGCCAUUUGCAGAGCCCAGAUGGUACUGGUGGGGCAUCUGGGACAUGGGUACUGAUAGGAGCAAAGCAGAGAAGUGGGACAGGUUCCAGGAGGUGGACCUGGUGUCCCUAUGUUUUCAACAGUGCUUGCUCUUCACUGCAGCUUUUCUACCUUUUGUACUUUUAUACAUGGACUGCAGACCACUUUUGCAGGGAGAGCAGUGUGAUAUCUGAAAACAGAUUUGAUGGCCCCUGCUCUUUCUGAUGAUAGCUGGGAGGCUCCUAUAUCAAGGGGGAAGAGCUGUUAGUUCAUAGAACCUCUGCUGGGGAAAAGAAAAAAAGUUCUGAAAAACUGUUCUGAGUGUUCUAUAGUGACUGGGUUGUGUGAAAUGUAAUUGGGAGCUCUCUGGAGCUGCUUCUCAGGAACAUGUAUUUCCAUUCCCAGGAACUGACUGGUGAGAGCAGAGCAAGAGCACUGGGGUCCUUCCUCACUGUCCUCCAUCCCCUCUCACCUACUGUGGGUGUAGUUGGGCUGAGCAGAGGAACACCAAGACAUCCAACCUGACACAGAAACACACAUCUCCAAAGCCUUUGCUUCACGCUCAAGUACAAUGUCUGGUUAAGCAGCUCCCCCUAGUGGAUGGCCAUUGGCCAUGUGAAACAACAUGUCCAGGGGAAACUCACCAUCUUCCCAGACAAACCCAUUCCUUCUCUGAUGUUUCCCACCUCAGAGAGAGGCACCACUGAGCACCCAGUCAGUGUCCCCUCCCCAGCCAGCCUCUUCCUCUUUCUUUCCCCAUGAUUCCCUAUGAUUACUCAUCUGAUUACUGCAGCUGGUCUACUUGGUCUUUCCAUCUUCUCAGGUGGUCCCUCCAGGUAUUAUUCACCCCACCUCCUAGGUGACCUUUCCAAAGCACUGUUUUAAUUCAGUCACCCCUGUUAUCAGAGCUCCUCAGUUACAUAAUUCCCACAGAUGAGUAUCUUGGGUCCUUCAUCCUCAGCCUUUGUGAGCCGACUGCUCAAUCUUUGUUCCUUCCAGAACUUGGCUCAGGCCCUUUCCUCCCUGUGGUAUCCAGUUUUCUACCAGUCUUCUUCAUGAGGCAAAUCCUGCCUGUCAAGGCCCAGCACAGUACUAUCUCUUCCAGGUCUCUCAGGAAGCCUUCAUUCCUGUUCCAGUUAGAGGUCAGCUCUGUCCCACAGCGCUGUCUGCCUUGGACCCUGAAUGCUUCAAAGCUUGCCUUGAAGUUACAUAUUGUACCACCAUAUACCCACCCUCAACACAAACCUAAUGAAUGCCUGUUGUGGACAGCAGCCUCUACAGUUAUCAAUGAGCCCCAAUCCUGGCCCUCAAUUACUUCUUUAUCAGGCUCCUGCUGCCUGGCAUCCUUGAUCUCUUUGGAGACCCUCCUGUCAUCUCCUCUGGUUGUGGCAACCAAAAGGUCUACAGACCUGUCAAAUGUUCCCUAAGGGGCAAAUCGCCCCCAUUUGAGAGCUACUGGUCUAGAGAUUGAAAUCAACAGUGUGAGGAUCAGGGAAUGAAAAAUUUGAUGAAGUCAGCAAGAGUCCAAUCAAAAAAGACCUUAUAAACCAAUCCUGGAAUAUGUCCUGGAAAUGAGUUGGCCAGAGUAGUGACUAUAGUGGAAGUGGUAAAGGGCAGAUUACAAGCAUGGUCUGUUACCUUCCCAUUUGGUCCCCUCCAGACAUUCUCCACUCCUGUCUUUAUGAAAAAUAUCUGACGCAGGGUCUUAUCCUGAAGUGUUCAUCUGUGUAUUUCCCUGAGUAAGAGAUUCCCUGAGGAUGAACAGGUAAGUUGUCAAAGGCCUUCUUUGAGUCCAUCCCUGUGUUUGCCCACUUGUGGGUAAUACAUACACCCCUACUGCAGAGAACUCUCUAGAGCUAUAUUCCUCUUUUUUCUUUCCUCUGUCCCUUCUUUCUCUUCUCCAUCAUACACAUACAUGUUGAGUAAAAAAUCCAGUAGCAUUAAGUUCCAACACUGCUGUUAUGCCAGUUUUUUGUGAAAAGGGGAACAAUUUGAAAUUAAAUAGACUCAGGUUUAAAGUCAGCGCUGCUACCUAAAAGCUAAAUGACCAGGGAACAAUUAUAUCUCUGAUCUUGUUUUCUCAUUCGUAACUCAGAGAACAAAAUCCCCACAUGAUUUCUGGUCUGUCUGGAGGGUUAUAUGAAACCCAGCCUAACUGCUACCCACUUCAGGUAGCAGAACCAAACCAUAGGGUUGUAUUGGCCCUGGACAGCAGAUGGCAAUAGUGAUCCCUAUAUCAUUUGGGUUUAGUGAUAGAAGAGAUUUAAGGCAGAGCUUCUAGAACCUGUGUGCAAGUUGAGACAGUUCUGAAUGCAGCCACCUCUAUCCUGGGCCAAUGUCAGUGCAUAGCCUGGAACUUAGAAGAUGUUAAGAAAUGUGCUCCAUGCCCCCAACUGUAAAAUGCAGGGAGUCUAGAAGGGGUUCCUGGAACCUGUGAAUUAUUUAUUGCCCUGGG